CUCGAUGUCUGCGAGGUUGCCAAGAAGCGAAACACCAUCGCGAUGCUUGACACGGGAGCCGGGAAGACGAUGAUCGCCGUAAUGCUCAUGAAAGCUUUUGCGAGGGAGAUCGACAGAUCCAAGGACGAUUGGAAGAUCACCAUUUUCCUUGCACCAAAUGUUCAGCUUGUGGAACAGCAAUGCAAGGUGAUUAAAACCCACACAGAUUUCGAAGUGGGACUCUAUUGUGGUGCGACGAGGGCCGAUCAGUGGGGGGGUGAUAGGUGGAGGGAACAAGUAUCGAAACAUCAGGUCAUGGUGAUGAUACCAGAUGUGUUGCUAAACGCUUUACGCAAAGCUUUCUUCAGCUUGGACAUGGUUAAUCUUAUGAUAUUCGAUGAGUGUCAUAAUGCAACUGGCAGUCACCCUUAUUCGAUGAUAAUGAAGGAGUUCUAUCACCACUCCGAAUAUAAGCCGAAGGUGUUCGGUAUGACGGCAUCACCUGUUAUAAAAAAAGGUGUCUCUUCUGAUUUGGAUUGUGAAGUUCAGUUCUCUGAACUGGAAAAGCUUCUAAAUGCGAAGAUCUACACAGUGGCUGAUAGAGAAGAGAUAGAGCUUUGUGCCCCUCCCCCAGAAUAUUUGAAAAUAUACUAUGACCAGAGAACCGUUUCUUUCAAUGAUUUGAGUGAAGAGUUGGCACUUCUACAUUCCAAGUAUGAUGCAUUAAUAACAGCUUUGCAGAAUAAACCAAACUACCAGAAUGAAGAAGCGUAUGCAAUAGCAAAAGAAUCACGAAAGUGCAUAUCUAAUUAUUCAGCAAAAAUCUUGUAUUGCCUCGACGAUGUUGGUCUUCUUUGUGCUAGUGAGGCCACCAAAAUCUACAGAGGUUGGCUGAAAGUUUCUGAUGCCACAAAUAUUCAAAGUGCUGCAAAUAGUUCAUUCCUGCAUGCAGAAAUCUCAGCCCUUUAUCCGAAGUUCUUCGAGGCAGUGUCACAUGUGUUAGACCUUGCUACUAGCUCCCACCCAGGUAGCGAUGUGCUUCUAAAUUCUGAGAGUGGAUGUGUGGAAGCAAGAAAUAUGGGUUAUAUUUCACCAAAGCUUUAUGAACUCAUCCAAAUCUUUAACUCUUUCAGUAACUCUGACCAUGUCCGAUGCCUCGUUUUUGUGGACCGAAAGAUCACUGCUAGAGUUAUCGAACGGACAAUGAAGAAAAUUGGACAACUCUCACAUCUUACAUUUUCUUUUCUUACUGGAGGGAAUUCUUCGGUGGAUUCUCUGACCCCUAAAAUGCAAAAGGACACACUGGAUUCGUUUCGCUCCGGAAAGGUGAACAUACUAUUUACUACAGACGUUGCAGAAGAGGGUAUCGAUGUCCCAGACUGUUCAUGUGUAAUAAAAUUUGAUUUGCCGAAGACAACACGUAGUUUUGUGCAGUCAUGUGGACGAGCACGCCAGAAGGCUUCUCAGUACAUACUAAUGAUUGAGCGGGGAAAUGUGAAACAAGAUAAUUUGGUAUGUACCAUUUUGAGAAGCAAGACCUCCAUGGAUGAGACUGCUUUGAACAGAGAGUCCGAGGAUCUACUCCCUCGUUUCUUCCCUGUUAAUGAUACAAAUGAAUACAUUGUAGGCACAACAGGUGCAAAAGUAACUGCCGCAUCUAGUAUUGCCAUUGUCGUUGAAUACUGUAACAAGAUUCCAAAGAACAAGUACUACACCACAAGACCUUUGUUUGAGUCCAUCGCUCAUAGUGAUGGUUUUGAAUGUGUAUUAACACUACCAUCUAGUGAUGUAUUGCCACCUUUGCGGGGUCCAAAAGCAAGAAGCAAGAAGGCGGCAAAACAACUUGUUUGUUUUGAUGCAUGCAAGAAGCUCCAUCAACUGGGAGUACUUGAUGAGUCCCUUCGUCCAUUUGUUGUUAAGCCACUGCCACUGCCAGGAAUUUCGAAAAAAGCAACCGCUCACUCAUCUAGUGAUGGUGUUGGUACAACCAAACGAAAGGAGCUUCAUGGUACAACUGGAGUGCGUGCCUUGUAUGGUACCUGGGCACUCGAGAAGAAUGUUGUUAAGCUUCAAGGCUAUAGAUUGAAAUUUUCUUGCAAUCAAGUUGGCCAGAGAUACUCUGAUUUUGUUCUGCUGGUUGAUGCAACUCUAGAAAUUGAAGGUGAUAAUUUGGAUAUUGAUCUGUAUCUUCAUGACAAGAUGGUAAAAGCUUCAGUCUCUCCUUGCGGCCUUCUUGAGUUGGGUGUUCAACAGAUGGAGCAAGCAAAGCUAUUUCAAGCGCUUAUGUUCAACAGUUUGUUCGGGAAGUUGUUUACUGGAUCAAAAUCGUCAAGCAUUCUGAGGGAGUUUAUUUUCAAUAAAAAUGAUGCAUUUAUCUGGAAUGUUGCAAAAAUGUAUCUCAUUUUACCUAUUGAUCCUACCCUGAAGCCUCAUGACAAUUUUUGCAUUAACUGGAGAGUGAUCGAUGAAGCUGCUACAACUGUCAAACUAAUGAAAAGGAUAUAUUCUGGAGACAAAAUGAAUAUACAAGGAAUACUUGAUUUCGAGCAAAACGAUACAGAACUAAUUCAUUUAGCUAACAUCUCAUGUGAGGCUCAUGCUCUUAGAAAUGCGGUGGUGCUUGCAGUUCACACAGGGAGGAUAUAUACUGCUAUUCAUGCUGUUGAUUUAUCUGCCAAUAGCACAUUUGAUGGUGUAUCAGACAAGAAAGAAACAAAGUUCCACACAUUCACAGAAUACUUUGAAAAUACGUACGUUUGUUUUCUUCGUCAUCCUUCACAGCCAUUACUAGCGGUGAAACCAAAUCAUAAACCUCAUAACCUUCUUUCCUCAAAGUUCAAUGAAGGUAACCAUGCGAAGACAAAUGGUGACACAUCACAUGUAAAUACUGGGGACAGCUGUGUUCACAUGCCCCCAGAGUUGCUAAUUCCCCUUCAUUUAUCUGAGGACAUUUUAAGAGCAUUUUAUUUGUUCCCCUCUUUGAUGCAUCGUAUAGAGACAUUAAUGCUAGCCAGUCAACUAAGAAGUGAAAUUUCAUAUGACGAUUCAAAUAUAUCCAGCUUUCUGAUUCUAGAAGCUAUUACAACACUUCGAUGCUCUGAAGACUUCUCAAUGGAGCGCCUAGAAUUAUUGGGAGAUUCUGUGCUAAAGUACGCCGUGAGUUGUCACCUUUUCCUGGAAUCUCCUGAUAAGGACGAGGGGCAUUUAUCAUCCAGUAGGGCUGCUAUAAUAUCCAAUGCUGCACUUUAUGGGCUUGGAAUGGAACGCAAAAUACAGGGGUACGUACGUGAUGCUGCAUUUGAUCCUCGCCGAUGGCUUGCACCAGGACAGCUCUCAAUUCGCCCCGUUCCUUGUAAUUGCUCGGUAGAUUCUGAGGUUGUAACUCAGGAUAUUCAUGUUGUUGAGGACACGCCUACUGUUAAGAUAGGCCAGGCUUGUGACAAGGGACAUAGAUGGAUCUGUUCCAAAACGAUUUCUGAUUGUGUUGAAGCCGUAAUCGGUGCAUAUUAUGUAGGAGGUGGCUUAAGAGCAGCUGUGGCUGUUCUCAAAUGGCUGGGUGUUGAUGCUGAAAUUGAGGAAGAAUUGAUUUUCCAUACCAUCUUGAGUGCUCCUGUGAAGAAUUAUCUUCCGAAAAUUGGUGUAAUUGGAAUGCUUGAAGCAAAACUAGGCUAUACUUUUUCAUCGAAAGGUCUUCUGCUAGAAGCUCUUACCCACCCAUCACAGCGUGAAUUGGCAGAAAGAUACACCUACCAGCGUCUCGAGUUCCUUGGUGAUGCUGUGUUGGAUAUCCUCAUAACACGGCAUCUUUUCAAUAGUCAUGAAAACACCGAUGAGGGGGAGCUGACAGAUUUACGGUCUGCAUCAGUAAACAAUGAAAAUUUUGCGCAAGUCGCAGUAAAGCAUAAGCUCCAUCAUUUUCUUCAGCAUUCUUGCAGGAGUUUAGCAGACCAAAUUACUGAAUAUGAGAAUAGUUUGGAAAAUUCUUCCAUGGAAAAAAUACAACUUUUAUCAGAUGCAGCAUUAAGAGGGCCUAAAGUUCUAGGUGAUAUCGUUGAAAGUAUUGCAGGUGCGAUUCUUGUAGAUGCCAAACUUGAUUUGGAUGUAGUUUGGGGCGUUUUCAGACCUCUUCUUUCCCCGAUUAUCACGCCUGCGAACCUGGAGCUACCUCCUUUCAGAGAGCUUCUUGAAUUGUGCAGCAAAAAUGGAUACUUCCUAGAAACUAACUUUACAUAUGGAGAUAAAAUUGAGGCUACUCUGCUAGUCCAGCUCAAGGAGAAACUCAUUGUCAGGCGAAGUUGUGGCAAGAGCAAAAAAGAUGCUAAAGCGCAUGCAGCUUCCAAGUUACUCGAGGACCUUGAGAAAGAAGGACUUCUAAUCCCCAAGAAUGCAGGCAGGAUGCAACAAUUACAGAAGCAACAUGGUGUUACUGCAAGUCGUUGCAACAACGUGUUUGAUGCAAUGGAUACACAGCCUCCAACACCAACGAGCGGAAAAAAGUCAGAUGCUUCAAAGAUAAUUGCUAGCCUUGAUAAACCAGUGCACGUGCCUGUGAACACGAGUAGAGGAGGACCUCGUGCAGCGCUGCAGGGAGAAGGACUUCUAAUCCCCAAGAAUGCAAGCAGGAAUGAACAAUUACAGAAGCAAGGUGGCACUGCAGAUCUUUGUAACAACUUGUUCGACGCAAUGGAUACACAGCUUCCAACAACAACCAACGGAAAGACAUCAUAUGGUUCAAAGAUAGUUGCUAGCCUUGAUAAACCAGUAAACGUGCUGGUGAAAACGAGUAAAGGAGGACCUCGUGCAGCGCUGUAUGAGUUCUGCCAAAAGUUACAAUGGCCAGUGCCUUAUUUUAAUUCUGUGAAAGUAGAACCAAGCUGUGCGAAGGCUACACCACAAGGGUUCUCCUUUGCUUCAACGGUAAUAUUAAACAUACCAAAUAGUGAUGUGAUCAGCCUCACAGGAGACAGUUUCGCGGAUAAGAAGAGCACGAUGGAUUCCGCUGCACUGCUCAUGCUCCAGGAGCUUCAGCGGCGGGGUAGACUGCAAGUCCAGGAGGCAUGAUUGAAGCAGCCGCCUGCGCACCGCCACAGAGUUGUGGCUGUUGAGGGCUCCCCCAUUGACAGGGCAUGUGUUAAGAGCAUGUGUGGCAUCUUCUGAAUACAUGGAUGCAGGAUGAUUGCAAGAGGCAACUGGACACAGCUGAGCUGAUCUGGUUUCUCCUGGUUCUGCGUUCAGUCGUUAUGUAUGUUGUAUACUUUGCCUCCCUAUGUUUGUGGUGUCAGGAACUAGAUGAGCGGGAAUGUUCCAGUUCGGCAGUACAUCUAUCUGUUCAUCUUUGGCAAGCUCGGACAGGACUUAUUUCAUGCUCCUCUUCAGCAACAAAAAACAUACUCUUUCCGUUCUAUAAAGGUUGUCUAAGAUUUAUUAAAAUGAUCUUGUCGAGCAACUGUGGAGGCUUA